UCCGAGCUGUGGGACCUUCACAGGGAGGUUUGUGGUGCCGAGAUCACGUGGAUCAGGAGCUGGUCACUGGUGCCCAGCGGUGCUGGGGUGUGGGCUGCAUGCCUGGGAGAGCAGCCAAGGGCAGAGACCAAGGACAGCUCCUUUCUGGGGCUCCUCUAGGAGUGAGGGGCAGUGGGGGUAGCUGGAAUUGUGGGGUAGUGAUACCUCCUCUCCAGGCUCUAAACCAGUCAAAGCUCAACAGGACAUGGGACCUCUAGCGAGGUCCCCUUCAGUGCCAGUGAGAUGAGCUGGUCUUCCCAAGGUGGCCAGAGUGCCCAAGGCCUACUGCAGCAUCAGAGGGCACAUCCAGGCAGACACAUCUGGGCAGAGGAAACAUUCAGGACACCAUGGUGAAGUUGGGCUGCAGCUUCUCGGGCAAGCCAGGCAAAGGGCCCGGGGACCUGGAUGGGACUGCCUUGGACAGCGUCCCCCUCAUCAGUCCUCUGGAUGUCAGCCAGCUGCAGCCAUCAUUCUCUGAGCAGGUGGUCAUCAAGACACAGACGGAAUUCCCACUCUCCUUUUCUGACCCAGCCAAGAGCUUCCCUGACCUGGAGGCCCAGAAGCUGAGUGGUGGUGAUGCAGAGGAGGGACGCAGGCUGCCCACAGCGCGCAUGAUCGCUUUCACCAUGGCCCUGCUGGGCUGCGUGCUCAUCAUGUACAAGGCCAUCUGGUAUGACCAGUUCACCUGCCCGGAUGGCUUCCUGCUCAGGCAGCACAAGAUCUGCAGCCCAGUCACACUGGAGAUGUACUACACGGAGCUGGACCCUGAGCGGCACCGAAGCAUCCUGGCUGCCAUUGGCGCCCUCCCAGUGAGCCGCAAGCAUGGGGCUGCAGAUGGACCGGCGGCCUGGGGGGGCAGCUAUCGCGCUGGCAAGGAGGGGCCCAAGGCUCCUACACCUGUGCCUGUGGCCACCGCGACCCCAGGGAGAGCCUCCAUCGAGACUGAGAGUGCCACAGGUGUGGCUGUGCAGAAGGUGGAGGGGAGCACGGCACUUCCGACCCCCCAGUGAUGCCCGUGAAACUGUGCCCACCGGGAAGGGGGUCCUAGCAGCUGACCCCUUGCCUCUGCUGCCCCUCCCUCCGCACCUGUCCCAGAGUGAAGGGGGCGGGCUCAGCCUGCAGUUCCUUGGACUGCAGCCACUGAGCUCAUCCCCAACUCCUCACAACCCCCUCCACUGACACCCUGACGUGCCCCCAAUUCUGCCACUUGCCUCUGAGUAAAGCUCC